GUUUCAUUUUGUUUAAUGGGUUAGGUAUUUAUUUGUUAAUUUUUAGGAUGUGGGAUUGUAUCUUUUUGGUGUUAUUUUGUAACCUGUGGUUUGCUUGAUAUACCCGUUUGUUUAUUUUUAUUAUCAUUAAUGGGGGUUUUCUUUUCACUUCUAGUUUUGUUUUUAUUGUGACGAUGGGAUAUCUAAAUUGUUUUGCGUAAAUGAUAGUUUUUAGAGAAUUGGAAGAAAAAAAUUUGUCUGUUGUUAUGGUUCUUCCCCUUUUUGCCCUUUCUCAAAAAGGAAACUUGAUCUGUAUAUCUUAGGUCUAUAAGCAUGGCGAAGAUCGUUAUUUCUGCAAUCUAGCAAGAGAUUUUAAUUGCGUCUUAAAGUCCCACUAAUUAUUAGAUCAAAACUCUAUACGUUCAAGUUAUCAAAACUCUAUACGUUCAGGUUGGCCGAAACCUAGUUAGAUCAAAACUCUAUACAUUCAGGUUGGCCGAAACAUAGACUAACGCAGUAGUGUCAAUUUUUAGAAAAUCUGCUUUUAAAUUGUGGUCAGUGGUAUUUAAACUUUUGCUUUGAUAUCAUUUUAAAUUUCUUCUAACAAUAAUAUCCAAACUCUGAAGGUAUGGUUAUAUUUUUAUAUUCUAACCGCGUUAUUCCUAAAUAAAUUUUCGCGGUUUUAUUUUUUUAAUUUUUCUUUUUCAUGGCUUUUCUCCUUGAUGGUGAUGGUGAUGUUGAUUUUUUUGGUGUUUUGGCUGAGGAAUCCACCAGGUCUUAAAGUAGAUUGAGAUGUAGAUAUUUUGGAAAUGAGAUGUUGGGUAUAAUAUACUUUUCUGUUGUUCUUGGGCCCGUGGUUUUGGUGUAAACUUUAAGCUGUCUAGAUUAUUUCUUGUGAAAAUACUUCUCCUCUUCUCUGUAUAUAGACUUGGUGAUGCCCAUUUCCUUUUUGGAUGUGAUUCAGCUGUAGAAUCCAUGAUUAGGAGGAAACAACAGCUUUUAUAAUGGCUUUAGUACAGUCAGUUCCUCUUCUAUGUCCUUUUGUUAUUUUAAUGUGGGCAUGGAAGGAAGAAUGAGAUAGGAGAUUUUUGCCAGAUCCAGAAAAUUGCUGUUACUGUUCCUUGUAACACCUUAGCUGCAAUUGUGGAUAAAUAGAUGAAAAUUUAAACUGCUGCAUGGAUUUUACUACUCCAGUUCGUUAUGAUUAUUCCGGAUAUGGAGCCUCUACUGGAAAGCCGUCAGAGUUCAACACAUACUAUGAUAUCGAAGCCGUAUAUGAUUGUCUAAAGAAAGAGUAUGAUAUAAGACAAGAGGAUCUGAUAUUAUAUGGUCAAUCCGUUGGUAGUGGACCGACACUUCACUUGGCUUCACGCUUGCAGAAACCCAGAGGCGUUGUUCUUCAUAGUGCAAUUCUCUCAGGCAUAAGAGUCUUGUAUCCUGUGAAGGUUUCGUUUUGGUUUGAUAUAUUCAAAAACAUUGACAAAAUACGACAAGUCAGCUGCCCUGUUCUUGUUAUCCAUGGGACUGCCGAUGAAAUAGUUGAUUGGUCUCACGGAAAGCGCCUGUGGGAAUUAUCGAAAGAAAAAUAUGAUCCAUUAUGGGUCAAUGGCGGCGGUCAUUGCAACUUAGAAACUUAUCCAGAUUACAUCAAGCACUUGAGAAAAUACAUACAUGCAAUGGAGAAGCUCUCUGUUGUCAAGCAGACGAAGAACAACAAUUCACAAGUCUCAACCAUCUCUGAGUUCAAACACAACAAGUGCUUGAGAUUUGGCAAGAGAUGACAUUCCCUUCUCUAAAACAGUUCAUGCUCUCAGGAAGCUAGAAACCAAUAGAAAAUAUGGUAGAAUAGUCUGUGAAGAAAGUUGAUGCCUCUAAAGAUUAUUUAAUGAUGAGAAUCUGUUUCUGUAAUGUCUUCCCCCGAGUGAGACUGCAAUGAGUUUUGAGUUGAGAAAUGUUAAGAUGGCAGAGGCAAAUCUUGUGUAGACUAUAAGAUUUCAAAAGCAAAUAUCUGUUUGUAUUCUCUG